CAGCCCGUAAGGACCCCGGAGACCAAUUCCUCCUCCUCUCUCUCUCCGGCGGCCCAUAAGGAGCCCGGAGUCCUCCUACUUGCCACGAAGCCGCUCGCUGGUCCACUCUGCGCAACAGAGAAGUACCAGGAGCGGCCCGCGACACUUCCGCCGCGUCAGUCUCACCCGCGAUCGACAAGCAAUCCGGAAAAACAUCGGAUUGCUGGUCGACCCCGUUGCCCAGGGUGCACCACGUGGAGAUGGCGCCAUUAGCGAAGGAAAACAUUUUAGUGAAUGAACCACAACACUACGGUUAUAAGAAGAAUUUUCGCACUGCUCUUCCACAGUUAAUUGCAGUUGGUGUGAAAAAUCUUCUACUUCUAGGGUAUGGAAUGACACUUGGCUUUCCGACUAUUCUCAUUCCUGCUGUAAAAAAUCCGAUCGAGGGAGAAAAUCUACAUUUAGAAAAUUCGGAAAUAUCAUGGAUAAGUUCAAUCAAUUUAAUUGUAGUUCCGGUGGGCUGCGCGUUGUCCGGCAUUGUGACAUCACCGUUAGGCCGUCGCCGCGCAAUGCAGAUGGUGAACAUACCAUUUUUCAUUGCCUGGUUGAUAUUCCACUUUUCAACCAACACCGGUCAUCUCUAUGGCGCCCUUUUUCUAACUGGACUAGCGGGUGGGCUUCUUGAAGCACCAGUGCUUACGUAUGUAGCUGAAAUCACACAGCCGCAUCUUCGAGGUGCGCUGACUGCUACAAGCUCCUUAUGCAUCACUAUUGGAGUCUUUACACAGUUCCUAUUUGGCCUGCUCUUCUAUUGGCGAACGGUGGCACUGAUUAACAUUAUAUUUACGGUCUUAGCAGUUAUCGCACUGUGUUUUAUACCAGAAUCUCCUCACUGGCUUGUAUCUAGAAAAAGACACAAUGAAGCAAUUCAGAGCUUACAGUGGCUUAGAGGUUGGACCAGUCCGCAAGCUGUCGAAAAUGAAUUGAAGGACAUACAGGCCUUAUACAAAACAAAAGAAGCGGGAAUCGAGGAACAAGAGGAAACAUUUAAAGAAAAAAUAGUGUUGUAUCUCGAUAAAACAUUUUUGAUACCAUAUUUCCUUGUCUCGUUUAGCUUUUUCGUGGGACAUUUUAGUGGAAUGACAACCUUGCAGACAUACGCAGUGACGAUAUUUCAGAUGCUAGAGGCGCCAAUCGACAAAUAUUACGCUACUCUCAUCCUAGGCAUCCUACAAAUCCUAGGUUCUGUUACCUGUGUGUUGCUGGUUCAUUAUACGGGAAAGAGACCACUUACAUUUUUUUCUACAGCAGCCGCUGGAAUAUGUUGCCUUCUCGUUGCUGGGUACGACGGUUAUAUUAAAAGUAACUUGUUAUUUAAUAUUACCAUGACUUACGAUGACUAUAACAGUACCAAGUUAAUUGAUGUCGUUGAUGACAAUUUGAAUAAUCCAUAUUCUUGGAUUCCCACUAUGUUACUCAUGAUAGUAGCUUUCGUUACUUCUGCUGGAAUUCGACUCCUUCCUUGGAUUUUAAUUGGAGAGGUAUUUAGUGCAAAAACAAGAUCAGGAGGUGCGGGCUUGGCCAGUGCUAUCGGAUACAUUUUCGGUUUUUUAACUAACAAGAUAUACAUCAGUAUGGUGGAAAGGCUCUCAAUUUGGGGGACAUAUAGCUUUUACGGAAUUAUUUGUUUGAUGGGUUGCUUCGUAUUCUACUUCAUAUUGCCAGAGACUGAAGGAAAAACUCUAAUAGAAAUCGAAAAUCAUUUUAGCGGUGUCAAGAAAUUGACGAAUGAAGUGUACAAGUCUAAGAAAAAACAAACUGUAGAAGCAUCAAAGAUGCGAGACUUGAAAGGAACGUCCAAUCCAACAUUCGAAGGCGACAAUACGAUCUAGUAAUCAAAAUAAUUAAUAAAUAUAUUCAAUUUUAAGCCACUUAGUUAAGAUUAUUUUAUCGUUGACUUUACUGCUCUGAAGUUAAGCGUUUUCCUAAAAGUUGCACAAAUAUUCAGUAACAUCCUCUUUCUAUCUUAUUCAUUAGUCUGAGUUGUUCCUUAAAAAAAAAUUUGGAAGUAUUAUUAUUUUCGAAAUAGAUGUUUUCAAAUUGAUAGUCAUAAAACUGUAAAAUUGUAGGAAUUUAAUAUUCCUAAAAUAUUAAAAAAAUUGACAGAAGAUCAUAAUUAUAACUAAAUGAUAAAAAAUGCACAAAAGAACAUUUUCACAACUUGGUACAGUGUCGGCUACUCGCUGCAACUUCAGAGUGGCUUAAUUUUAAGUAUUGCUUGUAGACAUUGUAUUUAUAUUGUUUUAGUAUUUUGCUAUAUUGUAUAUAAUCAUAUAAGACCAGAAUUUAUUAGUGAAAAAUAUCAACUAAAUUGAUGAACUGAAUUCAGAUUUCAAAUUUUGAUAUUAUUAUGACUACUAAAAAAUUUAUAUAAAUUGAAAAUAUUUAUUAUUAAUUUUAACCAAAAAAUUCAUAUAAUUACAACAAACAAAUUUUGAAAAUUUGUGAAUGCUUAAUAUCAAUUUAAAUACAUAGCUUAAAUGGUCUAUUUAUUUUUUUAAAAUAAUUGCAACUUGUAAUAUGCAUUGUGUAUGUGGUAGAACACACAUUAAAAGAUAUCGUGCUGGUAAGGGCUUUUUUACCAUUUACUUAGCAAUUAUAUUUUUGAUUACUUGAUGACGAUACCACAAUAUGUAUGUAUAAUGAAAAUGAAAGGAAUGCAGUAAUACAUAUAUUUAUAUAUUAUAUUAAAAUAUGUAUAAAAAUGUUAUUAUAAUCAGAUGGAUAUAAUACCAUCUCAUAAUGUAACGAUUAAAGGUACAUGUGAUACUUGAUAUAUAAAUAUAUAUAUAUAUAUAUAUAUCAAUCAUUUGUCAAUAAAAAUUGUUAAGAAAUGAUGAUGCUUUUAUGAGCAGUAAGUAUAGUAAGCAGCUUUAAAAUGUAUGUAAUGUGAUGUGUUUCCACCUGUCAAUGUUCGUUGUCUAUACAACUCUUUCAAUUCUUCAUAAACUCACCAACAGCUACUCAACAUUGUGUUAACAACUUACCAAUUAUUAUUUUAACAACUUAAAUGUCAAUACAGAAAGUUUCGUGAAUAUACAUGGUGUCAAAACAAUAGUUGGUAAUUUUACAUUGAUGGUGAUGCAGCUUUAGGCUACUCUUAGGAAUUUUAUAAACCCUUACUCAGUUCAUAAAAUAUUAGCCAAACAAUUUCGAAGUUCAAUUAAAUCUAUUCUCAAGAUAGAAAGCAUUGAGUGUAUUAAACAAAAGCCUAAGUAUUUGUGAUAUAAAAAUAUCAAAGCCGCACAAAUCUCAAAUUUUUCACAAAUAUUUAGUGUUAAAUGAAAUUAGUAAUUAAUUAAAAUUAUACAGGAAAAUCUAUAUUAUUUUAAAAAUAACAGUAAUAUGAUUAAAAAUAGAAUCAGAUUAUAUGUAAAUAUAUUUUAUGAAAUGUAAUUAUUUAUGAUAUAUAAAUUUGAUUGAUGCAUCAUUUAU